UUGUCUGGACCGGCGACAGCUUUAUAGCCAAUAGCCGUUGCCAAGCAAUCGCUCAGCAGCAAGGACCCGUCGCGCGAAACUCGAAGAGUGUCUCGCUCUCAUAAGUAUAAUAAUGUCGGGGGCGAUGGACAAGCGUUUGAUGGCCUACCGGAAGCACAAGCGGGGCCUCAUGAAAGUCCUGAGCGUGUUCGAUUGCUCCAUCUGCUCCUCGGUGAUGACGGUGCCCCUCAUCUACUGUCGCAAAGGUCACGGCUAUUGCCAGGCCUGCGUGCGCAAGUGCUUCGACAACUCCUGCCUCCUCUGCGGCAAGAACAUCAAGAUGAAGAACGAGCUUCUGGACCGACUCAGCGAGUGUUUCUUCUGCCCAUGCAGGUACUUUGAGAACGGGUGCAGCAAGUUUGUGCCGAAUGAAGAUUACGACGCUCAUUGCAACGCGUGCAUUUUCCGGCCUUACGAAUGUUACCAGCCAGAUUGCCUGUUCAAAGGCCCACGGGCGGCCCUCAUACAACACGUCACCAAACAGCACCCUGGACAGUUCGCCGUGGCCUCCAGCUUCGCCCUCAAGUGGCGCCGCCUCGACCUAGCUGAACCCUUCCGCCAUGUCAAGCUUAUCCUCAGCUUCAACCAGCUUUUCUGGUUCUACUUCAGCAACUCGCCGGAGAAGCGGCGGUGCAUCGGCGGUGUCCAGAUCGUGGCGACGAAGAACAUCGCGGCCAAGUUCCACUACGAGUUCGAGAUGCUGGGCCUGUCCCCGGAGCGGGAGCCUCGGUCCAUCGUCCAGUUCACCCGCGAGGCCCACAACGAGGAGACCCGCAAUUCGGACAUCGAGACCUUCGGCUUCUGGCUCCGGCAUCGCUACGUCAUCCCGUACCUGCACCGACCCGACGAGUUCCUCAUCAGCCUCGUCAUCAGCCGCAACAACCUCAACCCCGUCCCCGGCUUCCCCAAGCCCUCGCCCUACUCCAACCCCGGCCCCAGCCCUGUCAGGGUCAUGAUCAUGUCCUCGUAGCCGUUCUAAUUCGCAAGACAUUGCCAACGAGUCAGUUGGACCCAGAGACAAGAGACCCUCCACUGGCUUCUUGGCGACAGGUGGAAGCUUUUACUUGCGGAGACUCAACAAUGUCUUCUGGACACUUAAAAAGGAGCAACAGUCACCACUCUUAUUUCGGCUGUUGACCUACCUACUUGGUGGAUGAGCCUCGGGUGACGUCAUGAGCCAAACAAGUUCCCAUUUCGGCUUGUUUACUGAACGAAACGGCCAACACGUUCUUAAUAAUCAACCAUGUAGGUAGGUCAACAGUAGAAUGAUGAAGUCCCGAAAGUAGAAGAAUCCACCGUAGAAAAAAGGUGAUCAGACUUGUAGUUAAACAAUAAAAUGAAGUAGGAAAUUCAUGACAGUAGGAAGUGAGAUACGUGGUUUUUUGGUUCUUUGUUGACAUGCGUGGAAUGCGUUAGCUAGUUAUAUAAGUUAAUAGCCGUUUAAGAAAAGAAUUGUGUUGAAAUGAAAAUCUUUGUUUAAGAUUCUAACAGAAUUCUGUGAGCACAAUGGUGCGGCUACGAUACGUUUCAGUCAUGUUUCAAGUGCUUGCUAUACGUAAGUUUUUUCUGAACCAUUGAGGUUGAACUGAACCAUAAAAAGCUAAAGAAGAAAUGAAAUCGUUUUAUAGUGUUACUGAACUUGGCACAAGAGUUUUGUGAUACACACCUCAGUGUUUUUAAGGGCAUCCGAAUAAUUUACGCAAGUAUGUGGUGGAAAAUGUUAAAAAUGUCUUCUAAUUAAUGCCACUGAAAUAUUAUCGUCCACAGGUAACGUUUGCUCCAAUGUUAAAAAGGAGGAAAAUGCUUCCAAGAAAGCAACCGUUUUGCUGCCGAGCUAAGGAAAAACGUCGUAUGAACCUUCGCCAGUUGCCAAAUUUCCCUACAUUAAAUACGAAUAUUCUGGAAAACUCAUGAAUCUUCCGUUAAAUUUUUCAGAGAAUUUUCCUUUGAAUUAGAUCCAAAUAUCUGAAAAUUUCAAGAUAAAAAUAUUCAUAACUCUCCCCAAAAAUAACCAUUUCAUUGGAGGAAAUUUGGCAACUCUAGAAUGUUCUCACGGCGUUUUUCCUUAGCACGGCAAUAUUGCUCCUUUUGUCGUCGUGCGGUUAAGAAAUGUCGAGUUUUUGAGCAGCUCCAUGGAAUUGGCAUCCAGCCAUGCCUGGAAGUGGGUUUGUUACGGUGGCGUUUAAUUAUGGAAUAGAGGGCUCCAGAUCAAAGUGGAAAUGCAAAUUGAGUCUCUCACCGCUCCUUGCAAUAAUCUGAUACAAAGUAAUGCAUACAAUUAUGCACUAUCUAGGAAACACUGAGAAUAUCAGUGCAGGGCUGCUUGAGGUUUUGCAUAACCGAUUUAUCUUAGGGGCGGAUGGCUGCUCCAGUUUCGAAUUACUCAAGGAUGACACUGUAUGAAAAGCAAUGCAUGACUUAUUUGGGUGAAGUUUCACGAGAUUCGGCAAGCGCACACGAAUACAUGUAUACUUUUACUUAUUGUAUUAUUAUUCGGAUUGUUCAGCAAAAAGGAGCCAAUGUAAUUAUUCUGUGAAUCUUAAUACAAUCCUGCUAAGCGCAACUUCUUUCAUCUCUCAAUAAGACAGCUUGCAAGCCUCAUCGUGUUUAUUUUUACGCAAAAGACAAUAUAAUUAGAA